CAACAGCUGGUUAGAGGACAAAUAUGAGAACAGACGACAACUCACAGAGUCUUGCCAGAGCACUAGUAGCAGACGUUAAACAGGCGGACAAUCGACUAGAUACAGACAGAGAAAUCGCUAUAUAGAGAGUUUAAUAGAACAGCGGUGAUGGACGGAAAUCUAAGUAGACUAGCUCUGAUUGUAAGCAUACGAGUUCUUGUCGUAGUGCGUAAUGUAGUACAGCAAAAAGUGCUAUUAGACGUGUAAACUCUAUGCUCUACAUGCAAGUACUAACAUCACAUCUUUGACUUGUAACGAACUGAACAUUAUUUGUGUGCUUUUCGAAUGCAGAGAACAACUGGGAAAGGGUGGGUGCACUCUAACAGUGUGAUUGAUAGGGAAAAAGAGGAGACUGUCUAUUGCAUGUAUGGCUGUUGUAUUUCUUGUAUCUAGAGUCGUUUGCUGCUCUACGUCACGAGAAGCAGGAAGAAAAUAGGGGAAAAGGGGGUCGGAUCCAUUCGAGACUCGUGGAGUGAUUAGAGAACAGUCAGCGUAAGUGAAACAUUGAAGAAAAAUGGAUCGCGCAAGAGUGAAAGCCGUAAACGGGCAAGUUAUGUUGGUGGGAAGUGAGGGCGAUAGAUGCAUGUACUGAUGACGGCAUUGGUGCUGCCGGCGCUGUAUAGGGAAGGAACUAUGUGAAGCGGAUAAGCCAAGGGUGCUCCGAGGAGUUAGAGCCUUUGCCCUCAGGGGGUUCGGGGAAGGGAGUCGAGGCAGAAAAAAUCUAACUACUGUCAAAGCAAUACAACUUAUGAUAACUAUUGCUUUUGUUGCGGUGGCGCAAGAUAAAAAUAAAUGACGAAGGUGCAAAAAUCGACGUGUGUAAGACAAGCAUGCGGACCUGUAUCUGCUUAUUGGCGGCAGCCGUGGUGUCACGGCAAAGCUUCAGAGCUCAUUAUAUUUAGCAUGGCGACGAAACUGGUCAUGUACUAGUACUGUCCGAAUCGUACUAGCACCACGAUUUAACAUAAUAAUACAUACUUCCACGAGUCAUGGAGCAGAAUCUAUUGAGCAGAUGUGAUGUUCCGCAAAGAAAGCAAUACGCAGACUUGGUUAUCGUUGCGCCUUACAUCUGAUACAAGAGAGCUUGUGCAACUAAAAACAACACAACAGUACUACUGCCACGGACCACCGAUAUCUCCGUAUAAGAUUGUUGCUUCUGGUGUUACGAAGGUAACGCGUAACUAGGAAGAUAAGAGAGAAUUCAAAAUGUAGAAUUCAACAAAUCGGAAAGCCAAGAACGAGUUUGAAAUUGUUGACCGAAGCAAGAGAUGGAGGGUGAAUAGCGUUCAUUUAGGGGCAACAGUGAUUCAGCAGGAGACUGUACAUAGAGGGCCACUUUAAUAGAAGACGCAGUCUUUAGCAAGCCUAGAAUUUUCUACACAUUUAAUGCGAUGGGUGACAAACAAGUUCCUCGAUGGCCUUGGUCACCUGCGCAAGUGCCGCCGCAUUGCACACCCUGGAUCGACGAAAUGGUUCACAGGGUUUAUCAAUCUACGAUUUGCAAUAUACCAAUAGAAAUUCCUGGGGAUGGCCUGCAAUCCCUCACCCUGCCAGAAGUGUACACCAUACUUGAGCGGAAAUUGGCUGUAGGGGGUGUACCUGAAGAUAUGGAUCAAGGCGGUAUUGGAGGGGACCUUGGAAACAGCCAAGACAACGAGGCCGGCAGGCUGGGUCCGAAAGAUGUUGCUUUCGAUAUUAACUCGAAUGUUGGAUCCCUUGUUAUCUCACAAGACCGGCUCGGUGUCACAAGUCAAAGCAAUUUUAAUACUGUAAAGGCUAAUUGCUGUGUGUACCGUGGACGCUGGCAGUAUGAGGUGUCGUUGGGUAGCAAAGGUGUGAUGCAAGUUGGCUGGGCAACUGCCAAGUGCGAAUUUAAUGACGAACAGGGAGUUGGUGAUACACCGGACUCAUUUGCCUUUGACGGAAAUCGAAUACGAAAAUGGAACGUUUCCAACAUGAAGUACGGCCAAGCCUGGCUAGCAGGCGAUGUCAUUGGCUGUUGCUUGGAUCUCGACGCCGGUACGGUUUCAUUCUAUAGAAACGGGGUUUCGCUGGGUGAGGCUUUCCGAAAUAUUCGUCGAGGCCCGGGAUACGCGUAUUUCCCCGCCGUGUCACUAUCGUUCGGAGAGAAUCUUGUAGCAAACUUUGGAUCGAGCCGUUUACGUUACCCAAUUGAGGGCUACUCACCAUUAGUUGCAAUACCGGAUACGUCUCGUGCUCAGCUGGUCACCAAUCUAAUUUAUAAGGUUGUAAGCGUUUACAGUGAUGCCGAGAGGACGACAAUUAACCAAAUGAGCGAUGACGGAGCACAAAUUCUUCUGCGUGGAAGCCGCUCACAGGCGCUGCUCGUAGCUGCACCCGUAGUCGAGUAUUUCCCAUUGCUGGUUGAAACGCCAUACGUUCUCGAGGUAACGCUGCUGCCUUUGCUCGAACGAUUUCUUGAAGAGGAUCCGGAUCAAAUAGUGGCAUUCCUCUCGAUUCUCUGGACACUGCUUGAAUGGCAACAGAUACAUCAGGCCCUGGAGAAAUUGGCAUCUGUACUCAUCAGUUCAUACAGCUUUGCCGCUUCGGAUGUUGACUAUACGCAGCAGAAGAAAGUAAUUAGACUCUUUAUUCAUCUACUCUCACACACUUAUACGAGGCGGUAUCUCAUGUGCAAGGUGCUUUUUGAGAAGGGUCGGUUUUCAACACUAAUGAAAGUAAAACCGCUCGAUAUUCAACAUUUAGAAGAGGUGGUGCCUCAAGUCUGGCUGGAGGUUGCCCUUGAGGAGGGAGGACCGUGCGUUUACGGUUCACCAGCAGAAGAGGCUGUUGUCAAGGCUGCGUAUUUCAGUAGCCGUGACAGAAUUAAGUCGAUUGUUGCUGAUGUAGAGGGUCUUCAAGUGGAAUUACUCGCCACGGUAACUCAAGAUGACGACAGCUGUCCACCUCUUGGACAAACGUCCCGUGAUAAGUUUCUAUGUGAGUUCGAAAAACUUCUUAAGGAGCAUAGCCUAGCGCAUUCUGCUACGACGCUUCAAUCGUCACUAUCGACGGUCGCGAUCUCAUAUCUUCACAGGCUCAUCAGCAUAAUUCGUCAAUGUCUUCCGGUAGUAAAUCCGGCGGACGGUAGUGAACUCCGAGAGCACAGCUUAUUCGUGCCACUGUUUCACUUUCUAUCAGAGCAGUGGACGCCGGGUGAAGGCACUCGGGUAGGUGGUCUGUUUUCGAGCUUGCGCUGCACGCUUCAGGCAGAAUUACGCCAGGUUCUUAGCUCUAUGGCAUCGGUUCGUCAGCCAAGGGAGGAUCUGCCGUAUCAUAUGUCUCUGCCGCAAGUCGAGAGGACAAAAGCUAAUGCCACUGUCAAGGUAUUGAAGCUGAUUGACUCGGUGGUUCGGCUUUACACAGCUGUCGUACACGAGCAGCUAGAAAAGGCCGCCGCCUUGCGCGACAGUAUGAAAGACUACAUGAAGGCAUACCGAUCAACGCUCGAAUCACUUGCGCGAAAUAAAGCGGAUGAUUGGGCGCGAACAAAACUUGAAUGUUCUCGAGACGUAUUCCGAGAGAAGCUCAAUGAACAGGCGAGACAGAUGGCUUGGCUUAGUGCGACAAUGUUCUCCAAAGAGAAACAACUUGACCUUUACUGGCUAUUGCAGGUUGUUCUGCAUACUCUAGAGGAGGCAUCAAAAAGUGGGCCCUGCUUUGGAUUCGUGCCUGAUUUUUACGUCGAGGCAAGCGUCAAACUUUUCAAUGCUCUUUCAAACUUUUUUCCACCAACAGCGUGUCUAUCAGAUAUUCCGGGACAUUACAAUCUGCAGGUCCGGUAUAGUACAUUUCUCGCAUCGCAUUUCUCCGAUCCCCGAGUAGUUAACUCGGACCUUAAAGACGUUCUCAUCCAGGCCCUCGCUCAUCAUGUCUGCCCUCCGGAUACGCUCCGCUCUCUUGAGUGUAUGAGCAGUGAAAGCUCACAGGCGAUGGUGGCAGCCUUAUUGAGGCCAUACGGUAGAGCAUGGGCUCAUGCCAACUGGAUACUUGUUCGCCUCUGGAAAGGCUGCGGAUUCGCCUUUAGAUACAGUAUCGACCCACAUUUGGUAGACAAGAAGAUGUCGUUGUUGAAGCCUCGAGUGGCACCUGUGUUGCCGCCACACCCACCUCCUUGCCCUUCAGUUUUCUUUCAGAACCUAAUUUCAAAAUACCUGGAUGAGCACCCGGCUAACGCUGUGGCCUUCGUUGAAUCGGUCCUUUCUCAACUGAACUGGGCUUUUUCCGAGUUUGUAUCGAUGCUACAAGAGAUUCAAACUGCUCACAAUCGACCGGAAAGUUUGUACAGAAUUCUUAUUGAUUCACGCCACCUGAAAGUUUGCUCCACGUGUUUCGAUUUGACCGUAUCUCUGCUCAGGGUGGUGGAGAUGUUGGCUAACCUUUCACCAAGUUGUCUACUAAAGCCGUCAGGAUCAACUGCGUCUGCGAUGUUUCUCCCACGUCUAAUCCAAACCCUCUCGCACAUUCUUAAUCGAGUCUGCUACGGCAAGGGCUGCUUUGAACUUGUGGUUUCCCUUGACAUCGUUGGAUUGCAAAACAUCGGACACUUCUGCAUUAUUAGCGCCGUUGCAGGUAUUCUGAUUGCUCUAUUAUUGAAAGGUCCAAAGAAGAAUCGCGAGAUGGUUUUACGCCAGCUGUUCCAGGAACCGUCGUUCAUUCCUCAGUCGAUCGAGAGCUUUCUCGGUCCUUCAUCGUCAUCUUCAUCGUCAUCUUCGUUGUCAUCAUCAUCAUCAUCAGCAGCAGCAGCGAACAACAAUAGCGGCAGUAGCGGCGGUGGGAGUAACGGUGCAUCAACAUCAUUGUCAUCGGUUCCAUCGAUUUCGAGCCUAACCGGCAUAAGCUCGUCAUCGAGCAAACUGAGUCAUCACUAUCCAACAAACCAUACGUCAUCAGCUGUGGCUUCUUUAUCUCGUUCGAAAUCGAACAUCACCACUGGCACGGCUGUCAGCGGCCACGCGGACGCGUCUACUUUCUCUUUAGCUAACUACGGCGAUGUCAAAGAAGAAGAGAUUGAUCAGGUCCGCCAGCUGAUUCAGCUAAUUAAGAAAUCCUUCGCCACCGGGGAGGAAUCUUCGCAGCACAAUCCUCUUGGGCUCUACAGGCACCAAUCGGUCGACGAGGACUCAGACUCUGUAUGCACAAUCUGCUACGCUGCAGCAAAGAGUGCUGUGUUUCGUCCCUGUGGCCAUGAGUCAUGCAGGGAAUGCAUCCAACUGCAUUUGGUGCACCAACGUGAGUGCUUUUACUGUAAAGCGCCGAUCAAAUCAGUUGAAGCAACGCCGCCGGUCGAGGUGCCACCAGCCCCACCGGCGCCUCCUGCCCAGGGACCGCACGCUGACUAGAACUGCGGCAUACACGUUAAGAAAGACAAAAUCACAGAUGAAAUAAAAAGGAAUUUACGGAUUGCAGUAGGAGAAAUCGUAGAUGGUAAUAAAAAUGACUUCAAAAUCAUGGUAUCAAUGGACACGCCCACACGCAGCAUUCUGUAAAUAGAAACCGAUAUGCAAACACUUCUAGCGGAAGCCCGCAGCGUCGUCAGUCGUUGCAAAAACAUACGCGCAGAAUUGUAUGGGCAGAGAUCGGUGGCACCAUGGAAACGUCUUUUUUUCUUACCAACCAGCGUGAAUUUAUUUAGAUCCUCCACAUUAUCAAUUAAUAUUUGGCAAUAAUUGAUGAAGUCCUAUUAACAACAUGUAGGUAUCGAAAAAUGCUUUACAAACGCAUAGCCUUCGUUGACUCGUAGUAUCUAUAAUGUAAAGCGUCUAUGCUUGUAUGUACAUAUUUGUGAAGUGGUCGUAUAGUAUGACAUGAUUGAGAGAACUACAAAGCUAACCGAUUUCAUAUGAGGACGGUUCAAGCACAAAAAUUUUUUUAAAAACUACCGAAGUCAGUGCAAAAAAUGCAUGAAAACAAGGAAUGAAAUAAAAGAUUGGCUUUAUUUUUUCAAACCAGCAUUUGCUGCUCAGAUCUGGUGGAAUGAAUAGAAUGAUUUUAAAAUGGACUAAGUCGAAUCGAUGCCACCGUUACCAAUGUGACGCAGCAAGAUUGUCAAAUCUAGUGAAACAAUCUCGGUAGACAAUCCGCUUAAAAAAGAGAGCUGGCAAAUUAAAAAAAACUGACACCGAUCAAGAAUUGCUUCUGUACAGAACGAGAAAAAAACUAGCUUUAAAGUAGGACUAAAGCAACUUUUUAUGAAGUGCGAAAAUAAAAUUUGUUGGAUCGAAUAACAACAAUAGUACGGAAUAUAAGUCGAGUAUUGUAUUAAAACUAUUAACUUAAUAAGACAGGUAGGUACUGAGACCUAAUGGCAAUGCAACAAAUAUCAAGUCCUCUACUCUCGGUUUAUGUAGCACGGUAAGCCAAAACUACCUCCACAGAUUGAAAAAGCGUCUAAUUACCUAGGGUUUUUUUGUAUAUUGAAAUGUCCAGCAAACCUUAAAACAGCGUAUAAAAAACGAAAAGAUUUGGCUACAGAGGUGUCCAGACGCACAUGUGACGUGUCUAAAAAAUACAACAAGGAAUUGUUGGUUAGUAGCAUAAUAUGAGUAGACGCCGGUCAAUUAAUUAUACUCUCAAAAUGUAGUAUUUUAAUACUAUAUACUGUAAUAUUCUAGCGGCAUAAAAUUAUAAGAACUAUUGACAUGGUAUUAGGAUGCCCUUAUAACAAGGGCUUUGCAACAACAAACAAGGGGUUGCAGAAUUAAAUUCGCUCCCUUUU